UUCCUUCCUUGUAACGAGUUUUUUUAUGUUUAUAUACUAGAAAAUAGAGUUCAAAAAAGAAUAUUGAAGUUUAAAAUUCAAAGAAAGUGAUAUGUACUUUAAGCUAUUAAAAAAAAUUACUACAAAUGGAAAACGCAUAUUAUGGGCUUUGUAAGGUUAUAUUAUCUAUUUAUGAAUUUUAGUUCGUUAUAAAAACGUAAAUAUUGUAUAAAAUGGCAUCUUCAGGAGAUAAAAGAGAAAAGUUUCAGAAUAAUCAAAGUGGUGAACAGAAGGAAAAGAAACGCAAGGAAUCCAUUCUAGAUUUGUCUAAAUAUCUAGAGAAGACGAUAAGAGUUAAAUUUGCUGGCGGAAGAGAAGCCAGUGGUAUUCUAAAAGGAUAUGAUCCACUUUUAAACCUAGUAUUAGACAAUACUUCAGAAUAUUUACGAGAUCCUGACGACCCUUAUAAAUUAACUGAUGAUACUAGAGAAUUAGGUUUAGUUGUAUGCAGGGGUACUAGUGUAGUUCUCAUUUGUCCAAUGGAUGGCAUGGAAUCUAUACAAAACCCUUUUAUUACGCAAGAUUGAUAUUCAGAUUUUAAUUAUUUUCUACUUUUGUACAAUUUUUAAGUAUCAUAUAAAAGUUUACUGAUUCGUAAUUAUCGUAGGUUUAAUUUGUGAAACAUUUAAUUUUAUUAAAGCUGAAUAGAUUAAGUAUAGGUGUCUUUAUAAAUACAUACUAAUCUGAAGAUAUUCCUGUAAAUAAAAAUUGUUGGGAACGUGGACGUAA